UGUCUGCUCAAAUACCCAUGGAGAGAACAAGUCCAAGCACAGAUCCAAGUCAGUCAGCUCACUCUCCAGCAUCUAUCUCACCCACCUCUGGAAUCAGUGGGGUGGAGCACCAGGGGUACAGACUGAGCCUGCUGGCCUGUCAGGGUGAGCCAGUGGUGGACAGGACUCACCCUUACAUGUCCUCUCUCCUGAGCCCUUAUGAUGCUGUGCCCAUUGGCCAAUCCCAGCUGACUGUUGCCAACAUGGGUGCCGAUGCCUCUCAGACCAUAACCGAUGCCUCUCAGACCAUAAAUCAAACCAUGCAACAAAUAAGUGCUUCAAAUCAUCCAUGUGACGUGGUUCAGCAGCAAAUUGAGCAGAUCCACAAGGUUCUACAGGAACAGGGUCGACUGCUGACUCUUCUAGGAACAGGUUUGACAUUUCCUGCCUACGCAUUUUCUCUGUGGCGUGCCUCACCUCCCGCGCUGACAGUGAUAAAUUCUGAGCAGCUCCCAGUUUUCCCAGAGCCAUCUCCUCCAUCAGAUGGAAGGAGGCCCGAGGAUCAUCCACAUGUCCCCACACGUCCCAGCCACGGGGGUCAGAACAUGUUGAAGAGAAACUCACUGAAACCAGAAAUGGAACAUGAUGAUCCAGAUCAAACAAAAAUGACACAAACAUCAUGGGGAUUUCACAGAGAAAAAUUGGAGAGAAGCUGCAAAGGAGGUGACGUCCUCGGUGACAGAAAAGAGGGUCAGGCCAUGAGGAGUCAGCACAGCCUGGACAAACUGGACACCAGUGAAGUUGAGGCCCUCAGGCAGCAGAUGGAGGCCCUUCAGCAGCAGUUUAAACAGAGAGAGAGUGACUGGUCUGUAGUUCGACACCAGCUUCAGGAGCUCAUCAGAGAAAACUGUGAGCUGAGGAGGAAGCUCACAGUUACACAGCACUGCCCUCUGCUGGCCAGACGAUGCACUGCCGCAGCGCACACACUGCACCAGGAGGAACAAACAGAGAUGGAACGACUUCUGUCCAACAGAUGCAACCUGAUGACUUUCACUAACAGGACGGAGAAAGACAUUUCUGCAGAGCAGAAAACAAAAACAGUGGCAUUUGUCAAUGGAGACAUCAAACACAUUUUGGAAGAUGGGAAAGUGGUGUAUUACUACGCCGGUUCACAGACAACACAUACCACCUACCCAAGUGGUCUGGAGAUCCUUCACUUCCCCAACAAGCAGAUUGAGAGGCGACACCCUGGGGGGAAAAGAGAGAUCUUAUUUCCAGACCAGACCAUCAUGUACUUGGAGCCUGACGGCAGCGAGAGGACAAUCUUCAGCGAUGGCACCGUCGUUCACCUUUCCCCAUCCGGUGAGAAGGUGGUUGAUUUCCCCAACGGUCAAACGGAGCUCCACACUCGUCAGUAUAAGAGGAGAGAGUAUCCUGAUGGGACAGUUAAGACCGUCUACGCCAACGGACGACAGGAAACCAAGUAUGCAUCUGGCAGAGUUCACAUCAGGGAAAAAUGAAUGUAUGUGUUCAUAUGUGCAGGUAGAGUGUGCUGUGUGCGUGAGGGAGGAAAUAUUUUUUCAAUAAUGUAUUUAAUAGGGAUCCGUAAACCCACAGACAUAAUCAUGGUUCAACAAUCAAGUGUAGUUUGUCUCACACUAAUAUUUCUCUUGAUCGAGAUCACGUAGCAGCACGUGUCAUUAAUGUUAAUGAGUUAUCUGAUAAACUCAGUGAUGAUGUAGCACAGUUAAGCCUCUGCUAGCUGAACCUGAGCGCUCCUGUCCAACAGGACACUGAC